AUGUUCAAUCGUAUCGUAAUUUUCUCCCGGAAAAACCUUCCAUCCCCAAUCAGAUCAAUAACCUCGAGAACAAUUUCCACAUCCCUCAUCACUCUCACAUCUCGUUCUUUCUCUCGUCCUGGUCCACCACCUUUACCACCAGCGGAUCAAGCGGAAUUCGAUCGACUUCUCAAGAUAAACUCUUCUAUCGAAACUUCUUCUGUUUCAGAUGGGAAGAACGAACUUGAAGAACAUAGAGAUUUGAGAAGAGGUCCAAAACCAGAUUUUCAAGGUGAAGAAAAUCCUAAAACUGGGGAAAGGGGUGGACCUAAAGUUGAUCCGUUCAAAAGUGGGGAUAAUGAUUGGUCUUAUGCUGGACGAGUUACUGUGGGUUUCUGA